AUGUCUGAAAACCAAAACUGGUGGCAUCAGCCAGAAAUUGGCACUGCCCAACACUCGAACACAACGAAAAACACCUAUGAAUUCAUGGGCCGGCGUGAGGAGCAAGUGCUUAUCAACCGCAGGGACAUCACAGAUAAGAAGGAUGCCUGGGACAUUGAGGAGUUCAUCACUACCAUGUACGUCAAGCAGUUGCUUCGGCAUCCCGCCUUCCAGAUGCUAUUGGCCUUGCUGCUGGUGACCAACGCCAUUACCAUUGCUCUCCGUACCAACUCUUACCUCGGUCAGAAACUCAAGGUCAUCCUUGGCUACAUAGUUUUUUGGGUUUUUUUGUUUGAUGGCUGGAAUAUUCUCAACUUCUUAAUUGUCUUUAUGUUGUUCCUGGGGUUAUUCAUAAAACAACUUGAUGUAGUUGCUGUCACCUACCCUCUCAGGGCUCUUCGGCUGGUACAUGUGUGCAUGGCAGUGGAGCCCCUAGCCAAUAUCAUUCGGGUCAUCCUGCAGUCGGUACCUGACCUGGCCAAUGUUGUGGCCCUCAUCCUCUUCUUCAUGCUGGUAUUCUCUGUGUUUGGGGUCACACUCUUUGGUGCAUUUGUGCCCAAGCAUUUCCAGAACAUGGGGGUUGCCCUGUAUACCCUCUUCAUCUGCAUCACCCAGGAUGGAUGGCUGGACAUCUACAGUGACUUCCAGAUGGAGAACAGAGAGAUCGCCAUGGAGGUUGGAGGCGCCAUCUACUUUGCCACCUUUAUCACCAUCGGUGCUUUCAUCGGCCUCAACUUGUUUGUUGUUGUUGUGACCACAAAUCUGGAACAAAUGAUGAAGAUAGGAGAGCAGGGACAACAGCGACAGAUAACUUUUACAGAGAUAGGCGCAGACGAAGAUGACUUUGUUGAUGACCUGCCUCUGGUGCAUUGUACAGAAGCCCGAAAGGAGACAUCUGGUCACCCUCAGGAACCUCUGGUUGGGGGUCCCCUGUGCAACCUCACAGAAAAGACUUGCGAUAAUUUCUGCCUGGUGCUGGAGGCAAUACAGGAGAACCUGAGGGAGUACAAACAGAUCCGAGAGGAGCUGGACAAGAUUGUGGAGGAGGUGCGCUCCAUCCGUUACAAUCAGGAGCAAGAAAAGGAGCUGUUGCUUAGGCACGCCUCCAAAAGCCUGUCCUCCCAGACUGAUUCCUCCUUAGACAUUCGAGAGGUGGCUACCCAGCAAGACUUGAUCUCUGCACUGGUCAGCAGGGAAAAGGUUCAUGAUUCUAGCACAAAUAUGCUUAGCAAACACAAGUUCAGCUUCUGAGAAGGCAGAAUGGGAGCCAAGGGGCCUGCAUACACACGGGGCCAGCUGCUGCUUACGCCUGCAUCCCUGAUCGGAGCCCACCCUUCUCCCUUACACCUGGGUGGCAGAGGCCAUGGGGCUCGAAGGUGGCAGCACCUUCAUGGCUUAUGCCCAUGAGCCUGAGGUCCAGAUGAGUCGGGAUGAAGGAUUCUGGAUGAGCACAGAAAGGGGUGGCCAGGCUUUGGCAUAAC